AUGGUUGAGAGGAACCAGACAUUAGUCCUAGAAUUUUUGCUCUUGGGAUUCGGAAAGCUCCACGACCUCACGAUUUUAGUUUUUGUCUUGUUUUUAAUUAUACAUAUAAUGGCAUUAACCAGCAAUUUUCUUGUCAUUGUCCUGGUGGUGGUCAACCAGAGUCUCCAUUGCCCCGCGUACUUCUUUCUCAGCCAGUUGUCUUUGUCCGAAAUCCUCUUCACCAGUAACAUUGUGCCCAACAUGUUAUGGCUGAUACUGGUUGGUGGUGGUAACGUGUCUGUUAGCCGAUGUCUUGCCCAGUUCUACUUGUUGGGUGUCCCUACCAUUGCUCAAUGUUUGCUGUUGGCCGCCAUGUCCUUCGAUCGACAAGUGGCCAUUUGUAAACCUUUACAUUAUACGAUAAUCAUGACCUUUGGAAAUCAAGUUCAGAUAGUCAUCUCUUGUUGGUUGCUGGGCUUCAUGCUGUCAUUUAUAAUAUAUAUUUUCUUAACCAGGUUAGAGUUCUGCGGUCCAAAUAUUAUCAAUCAUUUCUACUGUGAUAUUUCUCCAGUGGUAGAACUUUCAUGUUCAGACAUCUCAGCUGUGGAAUGGGUCACUUCUUUAGUGUCUUUUCCCGUCAUUCUUUCUCCAUUUCUCUUCAUUUCGGCCACGUAUAUCUCCAUCCUUCGCACAAUCCUGAAGAUUCCAACCACCACCGGCAGACAGAAAGCCUUCUCUACUUGCAGCUCCCACCUGACCAUUGUGUGUGUUUAUUAUGGAACCCUUACGUCCAUUUAUAUUUUCCCACCGAGCAGUCAUUCGGUCAAUAUAAACAAAGGUCUGUCCUUGCUUUACACCCUGGUGACGCCAUUAUUCAAUCCUCUGAUCUACAGCCUACGGAACCAAGAUAUUCGGAGAGCCAUUAACAAACAGAUUCAAAUAUGGAGCAGAUUUCUAGCAACUUAG